AUGCCGUGGGAGUACUCCACGAACCUCUGGGAGCACACUCACAAGGGCACAGUGAAAGUCCCUGUGCGCGGCAGCAACUGGAAGGACAUCCCGCGUCGAAUCGUGGAAGAGGAGGUGCAGCGGGAGAUCACUCGUGAGGUGGCGUCUCUGGCGGGCGGGGGGCGGAUGUACGUGACAGCGCUGCGCGAGGCUGUGCGGCUUCAAGAGCACGUGCUGACGCGCAAGUCCCGCAUCGCGAACGUGAGCGACGAAGAGGACGCCGUGCUGUGGGUCUAUAGGGAGUCUCUGGGACCAGACAUGAAGGCGUUUGGGAGAUGCCUGGUGGAGGCCGAUGUGAAGACACCGGUGAUCAAGGUACACACCGCCGUGGCCAUUCCCCGAACCCGUGGGGGGGAGCUGGUUGCAAAAGGCACGUUCGUCAAGGCGAGUCCGGCUGAGAACUGGUUCUCUGAUGUGGCAGUCCGGAACCCUGAAAAGAAGGAGUGGUAUGCACGAUGCUUGUGCAUUUUCCGUGCGACCAACUGUGACGGGGAGGAGGGAGCAUACGCGUACGUAAAGUACUAUGAGGCGGUGGGGGAGUGCCCUAUGACCACGUGUGUGCAGCUGACGCCUGGGAGGGUAGACACAAAGUAUGCGGUGGUGGACGUGGAGUGCAUCAAGCGUGUGGUGCACGUGGUCCGGUCGUAUGUGAACAAGAAGGUGAUGCUGCUUAACAAGUUUUUGUUGUGCGAGUAG